AUGACCGUUCUCACAAAGCUCCAGCAGAUCAUAUCUUCUCUCCGCAAGCCUCAAGUCAGCGACACUGCAAGACGCCCUGCCCAUCCCGCCCCAACUAAUCAGCAGAAGCAGCCAGAAGACGAGGCCGAACAUGCUUCGUCAACCUCCAAGUCAGCGCCUCCUCCUGCUACCGGCAGCGAGCCGACCCAGGCAUUUCCGCCCAAAGACGCGAACACAUCGAUUCGCGAGCUCUGGCAUAUAGCGUACGAAAAGCUGCGAGAGGAAGAGAAAGAGCUUGUCGUGGACUACGAAGCGAAGCUUUGUGGGGACUUAAGCGCCGGUCUCGCCUCAACAGUUGGCCACAAUAUCGGAGUGAGAGACCGGAUGGAGACGAUCCUCCAGCGCAAGAUGAGCGAGGUCAAUCGAGAUGUAUGGAAACUCAAGUUCGGCAGCUCCGAGCUCCCAGUACAAGACCUGGUGCAACCCGUUCUCGCCGCUGUCGAUUGGGCAAACGACUACAUUUCUGAUGCCCUAAGCGCAAACCCGUAUGCCUCCAUAGCGUGGGGGGGUGUGAGUCUGUUCCUGCCGCUACUUCUGAACCCCUCGAAGCAGGGUGCCUCUAUGGCAAAGGGUCUAGAGUACAUCUCGUCUCUUUUAGCCCAGAGUCGCAUGUGGGAAGAUCUCUACGUGCGGCGGUACGAGCCCGAGACUGCCCAGAAAGUAUCGUCGCCGCUGUCUCAUGUUGUGUACAAAGACGCGCUGGAGAAGCUUUAUCGACAAAUCCUAAGAUUUCAGGUUGAAGGCUACUGCUACUACGCACACAACGCCGCCUUCCGCCUAGGCCUAGAUACGAUCCAGUGGAACGAGUGGGACAGCCUGCUGGAUAAGAUUCGAGAACAGAAACGGGUAUUUUCUGCUGUCAAUAAGAGCUGGCGGGAUAUGAAAUAUGACGACGAGUGCUCAGCAACUGACAGUCGGCAUCGGGAGGCCAUGUCUCACUGGCAAAGUAUUGGCACAGACAUCUCAGGGCUGAGAAAGGAAGUCCGGGACUUCCAGGCAGAGGAGAAGCGCGACAAAUUGCUUCAAUGGCUGUGUAGCAUCGACCCCUCUGAGAAUUACAACGCGGCCCGCGAUAAACACGAGAAUGGGACGGGCGACUGGCUGCUGAGGGAUAGCGAGGAGUUCAAGACCUGGAGGAUGUGUCCAGGCUCUCUCCUAUGGCUUCAUGGCAAAGCUGGUUCUGGCAAAUCAAUCCUAAGCUCGUCUGUCGUUAAGCACCUACGUGAACGAUGCGCAUCCGCUCCCGAAACCGCACUCGCAUAUUUCUUCUUCAGCUUUAGCGACCUAGAGAAGCAGAAGGUUGACGGAAUGCUCGCGUCUCUCGUGAAGCAGCUCUAUACUGGCCAGCACGGCACGUUGCAACAGGUCAAGGUCCUUGCUGAGUACAUGGAGAAACACAUGCGUCCCGAUACCAAAACACUCGAGUCCAUACUGCUGGCUAUGGCACGCGAGUUCUCAGCGACAUUUGUCGUUAUUGACGCUCUAGACGAAUGUCCAGCCCGGAAUGGAGAGCGGAAGAAGCUCCUGAACAGUCUCAGUAGCAUCAGCCGCAACAUGCCGGACACGCUCCACAUCCUCUGCACAAGCCGAGCGGAACCAGAUAUCGAAACAGGCAUGAGCACUGUCCUGUCUCCGCCAUCCAGGGCAGCGAUGGAUCUAACGGCACAUCAGGAGGGUCUUGACCACGAUAUUCGUCUAUACAUCGAUUCAAUUCUCGCAUCCGCCGAGUAUAGUUCGUGGCCUGACGAUGUCAAAGGCGAGGCGAAGGCCUCGCUAAUCAAGAAAGCGGACGGCAUGUAG